GCCCCCAAGGCCGCCGCCGCCGUCGCCCGGGCGCGUUCUCCGGCGCGCCGGGCUUUCCCUUCGCCAGCUGCUCCCCGAGGCGCGGGCUCUGGCGGCCCCGGGCGACCAAGACCGCCCGCGCGCCGCCGCCGGAGCCGCGGUGCCGCGGAGGCGCGGGCGCGCCCGGGCCGUCGCCGCCUCCCUCGGCGCCCGGGGCCGGCAUGGAGCUCUUCCAAGCCAAGGACCACUACAUCCUGCAGCAGGGCGAGCGCGCGCUGUGGUGCAGCCGCCGCGACGGCAGCCUCCAGCUGCGACCGGCUACUGAUCUACUUCUUGCCUGGAAUCCCAUUUGUUUGGGAUUGGUAGAAGGUGUUAUUGGGAAAAUUCAACUUCAUUCAGAUCUUCCAUGGUGGCUUAUUUUAAUUCGGCAGAAAGCAUUGGUGGGCAAACUUCCAGGAGACCAUGAGGUCUGUAAAAUUACCAAAAUUGCUGUGCUAUCACUUUCUGAAAUGGAACCUCAGGAUCUUGAGCUGGAGCUCUGUAAGAAGCAUCAUUUUGGAAUUAACAAACCAGAGAAGAUUAUACCAUCUCCUGAAGACUCAAAGUUUCUACUGAAGACCUUUACGCAUAUUAAAUCCAAUGUGUCUGCUCCUAAUAAAAAAAAGGUCAAGGAAAAUAAGGAAAAGGAGAAAUUGGAGAGAAGAUUACUUGAGGAGUUGCUGAAGAUGUUCAUGGACUCAGAAUCCUUUUACUACAGCCUGACAUAUGAUCUGACCAAUUCGGUGCAGAGGCAGCACUCGGGGGAAGAGGCCCCCCGGCCCCUCUGGCAGAAGGUUGAUGACCGAUUUUUUUGGAAUAAAUAUAUGAUGCAAGAUCUUACUGAGAUUGGUACACCAGAUGUGGACUUUUGGAUUACCCCCAUUAUCCAAGGUUUUGUGCAGAUUGAAGAACUUGUGGUUAAUUAUAAUGAAUCAUCUGACGAUGAGAAAAGCAGCCCAGAGACUCCCCCUCAGGAGUCCACCUGUGUAGAUGACAUUCAUCCACGAUUUCUAGUGGCUCUCAUUUCACGCCGAAGUAGGCACAGAGCAGGAAUGCGUUAUAAACGAAGAGGAGUAGAUAAAAACGGAAAUGUUGCAAAUUAUGUGGAGACUGAGCAGUUAAUUCAUGUUCAUAAUCAUACCUUGUCAUUUAUUCAAACACGAGGCUCUGUGCCUGUCUUUUGGAGCCAGGUUGGGUAUCGAUAUAAUCCAAGACCUCGGCUGGACAAAAGUGAAAAGGACACUGUUGCCUAUUUCUGUGCCCAUUUCGAAGAACAACUGAAAAUUUACAAAAAACAGGUUAUUAUUAACUUGGUAGACCAGGCAGGAAGAGAGAAGAUUAUCGGUGAUGCAUUCCUGAAGCAGGUGUUGCUCUUUAACCAUUCACACCUCACCUAUGUCUCAUUUGACUUCCAUGAGCACUGCCGAGGAAUGAAGUUUGAGAAUGUUCAAACACUAACUGAUGCCAUUUAUGACAUUAUUCUUGACAUGAAGUGGUGUUGGGUUGAUCAAGCUGGAGUAAUAUGUAAACAAGAAGGGAUUUUUCGUGUUAAUUGCAUGGACUGCCUGGAUCGCACCAAUGUAGUUCAAGCUGCCAUUGCACGAGUGGUCAUGGAACAGCAGCUGAAGAAAUUAGGUGUGAUGCCCCCAGAACAGCCACUACCAGUGAAAUGCAAUCGGAUCUAUCAGAUAAUGUGGGCCAAUAACGGAGACUCCAUCAGCAGGCAGUAUGCUGGGACAGCAGCUCUGAAGGGUGACUUUACAAGGACAGGAGAAAGGAAGUUAGCAGGAGUUAUGAAAGAUGGAGUUAACUCAGCAAAUAGGUAUUACCUGAAUCGAUUUAAGGAUGCUUAUAGGCAGGCUGUUAUAGAUUUGAUGCAAGGCAUCCCAGUGACAGAAGAUCUGUAUUCCAUAUUUACCAAGGAGAAGGAGCACGAAGCUCUGCAUAAGGAAAAUCAGAGAAGCCACCAGGAACUAAUCAGCCAGCUUUUACAAAGUUACAUGAAGUUACUGCUGCCUGAUAAUGAGAAGUUCCAUGGGGGCUGGGCCCUCAUUGACUGUGACCCCAGCCUCAUUGAUGCUACUCACAGAGAUGUGGAUGUGCUCUUACUGCUUUCUAACUCUGCCUACUACGUGGCCUAUUAUGAUGAUGAAGUUGAUAAAGUAAACCAAUAUCAACGACUAAGUCUAGAAGACCUGGAAAAAAUAGAAAUAGGUCCUGAACCCACUCUUUUUGGUAAGCCAAAGUUCUCAUGCAUGCGACUGCACUAUAGAUACAAAGAAGCAAGUGGCUAUUUCCAUACACUGAGAGCUGUGAUGCGCAAUCCAGAAGAGGAUGGAAAAGGUAAUGGAGAGAGAUGAAAAUAUUCAGUGAUGACUUCUUACCUGCUUUUUUUAAGUCCAAGGGGCAUUGUGGACGGCACAUACCAUUUCUAACAAAAUGAUCCACGGACACAGCUUUGUGAUUUGAGACCUUGAAGU